AUGAGAACAGGGGACUCUGGAGAUAUGACCCUGGGUCUUUCUGUGUUCACAGAGAAGCGAUUCUUCAGGCGAUCGAAGUCGGGUGACAUCCUGGCCAAGAACCCUGUGGUGAGGUCCAAGAGCUACAACAAUCCACUGCUGACACCAGUGGCCGAGUAUGAAACUGAGGGCAUGGCUGCCAACGGAACAGGCAUCCGAAGGCACUCCGUCUCAGAAAUGACCUCCUGCCUGGAGCUCCAGGGGUACUCCAACCUCACCACCAUCAUGGACAACGGUUCCAAGAGCUCCAUGACAACCACAAAAAGCUCACUGUCAGGAGACCAGGAGAGGCCCAGCACCGGGUCAGUGCAAUGCUCCAGCAAACUCAGCACAGCUGAGCAGCAGAAAGGACUCUUCCACUCGAUGGAGGACCCACAUAGGUCUUUUGAGCUGGACAGAGACCCUUCCUUGAUUCCAGUUCCCUCGUCCAGCCCAGAGAACAUAGUGGAUCAGAUUUUGGAGUCAAUCGACUCUGAUUCUGAAGGCAUUUUUAUUGAUUUUGGCCGAGGCUGUUCCAAUUCAUCAGCAUACAAUGUGGAUGUGAACAGACAGAGCAUUAUGUGA